UCGAAACAAUGCCGUACUAGCGCUGACAUCUGGUUGGUCGGCCGACGACUGACGGUCGUACCCAUCGAGAGCUCGUAGAGCGCGCGAUUCCCAGUCAGUACCUACUCCAUGUGCAGUGAACCACUAGUGAACUUCAGGUUGAAUGCCCUUGCUAGCUAAGAACUAGACACAGAGAGCUAAUAAAGGCGAUUAUGAACGGGCACACGUAGAGUGGGUACUACCCGAACCCAAAUCGGUACCCCGAUGUUUAUUGUUGUGUUCGGUGAGGUGCAUGUGUUGUUUUUUUCGGGGCUGCUCCGAUUUUGUUCAUUCCAUGGUUCCACUGAAAUAUGCAGAUAGGUACUUUAAGAGGAACUAAAUUCGAACAUCGAUAUACCUAACAAUAAGUUCAACCUCUACUAAUUUCCCUCCAAGAAAUUACGUCGAGAUGGAUUGCUUCUGUUCAAAACCGACUCCCGUUCACUGCAAAAUCGUCUUCCUCGACGAAACCGAACUCGUCCACGAGCUCCAGAACAACAGCCCUGGCCAAGCCCUCCUGGACAUCGUGUUCCGCCAUUUAAACCUACUCGAAACCGCCUACUUUGGAUUACGAUUUCUGGACCUCAACGGACAAACCCACUGGCUCGAUCCAUCCAAAAGAUUAAACAAACAAAUUAAAGGUGCCGAUCCGUACACGUUGUAUUUCGGAGUUAAGUUUUAUGCUGCAGAUCCAUGUAAACUCUUGGAAGAAAUCACCAGGUACCAGUUUUUCCUGCAAAUCAAACAGGACGUUUUGCAAGGACGCUUGUUGGUGCCUUUCGAAUUGGCGGCCGAGCUGGGAUCUUACAUUUUGCAAUCGGAGUUAGGAGAUUAUGAUCCUCGACGACACGGUUACGGAUACGUAUCCGAAUUUCGCUUUUUACCUAAUCAAAGUGUGGAAUUAGAGAUGAGGAUAGCAGAACUACACCAGACACUCAUAGGACAGAUGCCCGCACAAGCGGAACUGACCUACUUGGACAAAGUGAAGUGGCUUGAAAUGUACGGUGUGGAUUUACAUCCCGUGUUGGGCGAGGAUCACGUGGAGUACUUCUUGGGUUUGACGCCAAGCGGAAUUGUGGUGCUAAGGAACAAGAACACCGUCGGAAAUUACUACUGGCCUCGUAUAACGAAGAUUUACUUUAAAGGGCGCUAUUUUAUGCUACGUGUGACGGACAAAAAUAACGACGAGUGUACGUACGGGUUCGAGACACCGUCGAAAUCGGCCUGCAAGCAUUUGUGGAAGUGCUGCGUGGAGCAUCACGCCUUCUUCAGACUGGUGCAGGUACCGCCUACCUCGCCGGACAUAUUCGCCCUAGGAUCUAGAUUCAGGUACAGUGGAAGAACCGAAAAACAAGCAGUACGAGACGCCCAAAUGAAACUUCGCCAACCCCCCUUCUCCAGGAACCCCUCAAAGCGAUACCAAAGAAGACUCACAGUCACCGGCGGCACCAACGACUGCCACCAACCUUCGGAACCGAUCCAAGCACCUCCUCAGUACCAAACGCAAGAAAUUAAACACAUAUCUCUACCCCUUCCCGCUGAAACAUACCCCAGCUCAUAUAAUUCAAACACCCUCAAAAGCAACGUUAGUAAAAAGAAGUUCGACUCUCCUAGGAGUACGCAUAGUGCUCCGUGGUCGCAACCUCACUCUAAAGGUUUAUAUAACAGUUCGGUACCGCCUAGUCCUCGAUCUGUCAGAUCAGGCAGUCGAUAUAGAUCGUCUUCGGUAGAUAGUCAAAGUUCGAAUGAUUCUAGAUCGGGUAAGAAAAGAAGACAUCGCAGCAGAACGUCUGAUAAUGAAAGUGAGUUGUCUAAAGGUUCGAGUAGAUCGAGACGAAAACAUAGAAGGAGAAAAUCUAGGAAAGAUUCUGGUUCGGAAAAUGAGACGAAAUCAGAAAAGCGAAGUAAUAGGUCUAAAUCCGAUAAUUAUUAUGAAUUAGUCGAUUCGGGGUUGCAGUGGCAAGAAGCACAGUUAAAAAAUAAUAGCGCCGGUAACGCAAAUGGCAUCCAGCAAGCUACAGUAGUGAGUAACAGAAGUAGAAGUCACGAGAAGUCUUCAAGGCACGGUUCAGAUUAUGGCACGACUGGAAGACACCACAAACACCGAAAACACAGAUCACGAUCUCGGUCCCCUGGUGAUUCAAAGACUUGGCUUUCAGAUGAGUUGAAGAAACACUUGGAAUUUGAUUUGAUAGAUACCUCCGGAAUGAGCGACUUGCAAUUGAAGGAAAUUCCUUAUACUGUAGUAAAAACGAACUACUCCAAACACGUGAAAUUAAAACCUACAGGAGGUCUAAGUAAAAACGACGACAACAGAAGUAUCGGGGGUAGUACCACCUCGUCCUAUUCCCGCCAUUAUUUAGGGAAAGGUCCGUUAUAUAAUACGAACGCUUUGAUGAACGAAGCUUUAACGAAUUUCUCGUUUCCGGAUGGGAACGAUACUUAUGGCUUACCGGAAAAGUCCAGGCAACAUUUUUAUAAUGGAGCUCAUUCAGCAUAUUCCAGUAACUUUGCGAGUUCAAUUCCGGAUAGUUUUACAAAUUUUAGUAGGGUUCAACACGAACAUUCCGAUUCCGGGUUAGGUGUAGAACAGGACUGUGAUCUCAAACGGCAAUAUAAUAAAUAAGUGCAGUAAAUAUCAGAUUACUUGCGGUUUCGCUAAAGCGGUUUCAACCAUUAAACAGCGUAAGGCUAAAUUAACACAAAAAUGAUCCUGUACACAACGAGAAUUUUAAACCUAUUUUCUUAUUAAUUUAUUUUUAUAUAAAUAUAUUUUGUUACAUUUCAUUUCAGGCGUCAAAAAUCCAAGAUUUCAUCCAAUAAGUAAUAUGAAGCACUUGCAACAUUAUUGUUUAGUGCUUCUAAUAGAAUACGGUAAUAUUUUGACCGUUAAUAUUUUAAAGCCCAGGCAGAGUUUUUUACAUUGAUUAUAAUAAUUAUUAUAACUACAUUGUGUUAACGACCAUUUAUUAUUACAAUAUAUUUACAAAUCUACAAU